CAAAAAAAAGUUUGCUUGGAAGCGUCUUCUUCCUCCCCAAGCCUCAACUGCACGCACGCCUCCCCAUUUAGGCAGCGUCGGCCCCUCGCCGUCCCCCUCACCUUUCCCAAAUUAGCGCCACCGCCACCGCCUCCCCCCCGGGAACGAAGCCGAGCCGCCCGAAUCGCCCGCCACCCACCCACCAAGCCUUAUUAGCCCGGCCCCCCCGACCGCUCCCCACCGGCUCGCGCCCCGACCAACCCCCCUCCUCCGCCGCCCUCCCGGUCCGCCGCUCGCGUCGCGUGGGGGGAGGAGGAGGAGGAGAUGGCCGCCGCCGCCGUCGCCUGCAGGCGCGCCCUGCUCCUGCACGGCCAGCACCAGUGGCCGCAGCGCUGGGCGGGGGCGGCCGUGCCCACCAGCGCCGCCCGCAGCAUCUCGCAGCUCGUCAAGACCAACGGCCGCCGCGCCUUCCUCGUCGACACCCUCGCCCUCGUCAGGAAGCUGGAGUCGCAGGGCGUGCCGACCAAGCAGGCGGAGGCCAUCACCUCCGCCAUCACGGAGGUCCUCAACGACAGCCUCGAGAGCAUCUCCGAGUCCUUCGUCUCCAAGGCCGAGAUGCAGAAGAGUGAGAUGCUGCAGGAGUCCAAUAUCUCCAAGUUCAAGUCGCAAGUGCAGAGCUCGCAGGAAAACCAUUUCUCUUUGCUACAGCGGGAGACAGAGAAGCUUCGUGGAGAUAUUGAUAAGAUGAGGAGUGAACUGAAAUAUGAGAUUGACAAGGUCACUGCAGGGCAGCGGUUGGAUCUGAACCUUGAAAGAGGGCGCAUACGUGACGAACUUGCCAAGCAGAAUGAGGAAACUACUGAGCUUACCACAAAGCUUGACAAGGAAAUUCACUCACUGAAGGCCCAGCUGGAGGCAGCAAAGUAUGAUGUCAUCAAAUACUGCAUAGGUACCAUCGUUUCGAUAUCAGCUGUCGGACUCGCCGUUCUCCGCAUCGUGAUGUGAAGCAAGCGAGCGAAUACGUUCUUUCGUUUACCCAAAUUCAUCCGUGGAAGCCCGCUAGAAGAGGAUAGGUUCUGAUUCUGUUCCUAGUUUUUGGAGGGGACAAAACGUGCUCAGGAGAAAUGUUGUAACACCUGGUAGGGAGAUGUUGCUCAAACUUGUAAAAUUCAUUGCCUGCGGAAGAAAUGCAUCCGAAAUGAUUCUUUACCUGUGCUCGAGCCUGCCACUGGAUUAGCGUGCUGGUUUCCGUUCUGUUGAAGCCGUUGUUGGUUGUUGCGUUGACCUCAGUUAUGUGAGAUCCUUAAACUGUGUUGAGCCUCGUGUUGUGCUCAAUGCAUCUCUACUCCAUUGUAUGUUCUGAUGGUAGUGUGGCUGUUUGACUGUUUCA